CCGAUCAACAAAAAGCUAGAUGAAAUGAAAAUGGCGAUUUUCUUCGAGUGGUGUGCAGUUGGUCUUGAGUUUCUGUUACGAGUAUUGCAAGAUAAGUUUCCAGAGUGAACGAUUAUAGAGAUAAUUUUCAGUGAAUUAUUCCGAAAAAAUAAAAUGAGUGAAGUAAGCCCGAACAUCAACGCAGAAAAAUCGAAUCUGAAGACCGUUGAAACCAACCAUCUUUCUCAAGAUGACGUUGGCCAACAAAAGGGUGCGCGCGCUGCGACGCUCGCCGACGACACCGCGAAGGUGGCCGAUGCAGAUAUUCCCACCAAAAAGCGGAAAACACGACGCGGGAAAUCCAAAAGAAAGCAACCUUAUUUGAAAUACGGUCGGAAGUACAACAAAAUGGGCAAAACUAAGAUGUACAAACCUGAAGCGCCUCAUAAUGACAACCAGUUUCUUUUAGAAGACCAUUUUAUGAUAGAAGAUUUGGAUGAACGAUUAAAAUGUGAAGAGGCAGCAUCAACUUCAACUUUAACUAGAACAAGAGAUUCUAGUUUUAGUGUCGAUUCUUGUGAUGAAUUUUACUCCUCUCCUGAUGAUGAAGAGCAGUUUUUACUAAAGGAUUUUGAUGAUCAAUAUGAAAGAGUACAAACAGAAAAAUUGUUCACAAUGUCAAAACAGGAGCUGGUACAAGAAUAUCUUGCAUUAGACAACCGCUACCAAGAAUUGAUUGCACAGAAGCCAAAAGAAAAACAGUUAGAGGAGACUAUUACAAAAUUACAAAAAGAAUUGGAAAAAUGUAGGUCAGAAAAGGAAAACUUGCAAGAUGAGAAUGAGGUACUAAAAAGCAAAUUGGAACAGAACAGAACAUGCAAGUCUGAUUCUGAAGAUUCUGAAACUGAUUCAAGUGAUUCAUGUAGUACUUCAUCAUCCCAUAGCAGCAGUAGUUGUUCUAGUCAAGCAGCGAGUCCAAAACUAAUAAAUGCAACUUUGAAUAUUCGAAAAAGUAAUGGUCAUGGAUCUCCUUCUCCUUCCAGCCUAGGGCCUGUGUCAACUUGAAAUCUCUCAUGUGAAAAACAAAAAUAACAUAUUCAUUAAAUACAGCUUUAAAUUUUUUAUAUUCAUAUUCUUGUAUAUUGUAAGUUUUAGUAUACAAUUUUUGUGAUGUUUAUAUGUUUAUAAGUCUGUAAUUUUCUUUUUCCUGGGAUUUUCAAAGUUUCAUUAGCUUUUAAUGUUUUUUUGCGAUUCUUCAGUUCCAUUAUAACAAAUUUAUAUUACCAUACUUUUUCGUAUCAUGUGGUAUUGUAGAUACAAGUAUUUAUUUGAGUCAUGCUAUCAAUUUUUUGUGUGUUAUUUAAGAUAGGAGUUUCCAAUCUAGACAGAUUGACAUCUAAGAAAAUUUUGUAUAAAAAAAUGUAAAUACAUUUUUUAUCAUAGUUAAACCAUGAUUAAAUUUUUGCAGGUUCUUGUUUUUAUUAAUU